AUGCAGAAGUUCCAUCGUUUCAAGGAUUUCGGCCAAGUGGACGCUCUUUCACGUUUCGUCUCGUCACAAUCAUCGUUGCCGGAGGACUACGUGAUCGCAUCAAUAGAUGCUGAUGUCAUUUCCGAGUUCUCAGGGAACUGGCGUCAUCUUUCAGUAUCCACCGAAUCCAUUCGGACUGCUACGCAAGCCGAUCGUCUUAUCCAGCUUGUGAUCGACUGUACGAAAUCCGAAAAUUGGCCCGAAGUCAACCGCCAUUCUUCUCUGGCACUACUAAAACUGCAGAAAUACCAUGGCGACAGAAUUGCCCAAGAUGCAUCCGUGGCAAAGGAUCCGAUCAAAGCCAAACUACCGCCAUGGCCGAAACCACACCCGCCGUGGACUCGAGUCCAUGCUGAUUUCGCUGAAUCGAUGGAAGGACGAUACUAUCUACUUAUCAUAGAAGCCUACUCCAAAUGGCCGGAAAUCGUCCAGAUGCCAUCGAUCUCCUCAACGGCUACUAUCCAAACGAUGAAGUGCAUCUUUGCCAAUUUCGGAAAUCCAGAGACGCUCGUCACGGACAACGGAACGCAGUUCACGUCGUCUCAGUUCACUUCAUUAUGUCGUUCCCGAGGAAUCUUGCACAUUCGCACGCCCCUGUCCCAUCCACAAAGCAACGGACAAGCAGAACGUUUUGUGGACACCUUCAAAAGAGGAUUUGCUAAGCUGAAUGAGGAGGAACCAACAGUGGGCGCACUACAGACGUUUCUGAUGUUAUAUCGCUCCACUCCCUGCUCGUCUACACCUGACCAACGUUCACCUGCCGAAGCCUUCCUGGGACGCCGACUGCGAACGGAACUCGAUCUAAUGUUACCUUCUAGAGAUGUUACAAACAGUAAACGAGAUCUCAAAAUAGAUCUCAAUCGCCGAAAUUGA